AUGAGUGCCGCUGGAGGAAUGAGGGUGUCUGAGAGGAAACCUCCCCAGAGCAUGGAGGUUGGUCUCACCCACGAAGGAAAGGAUGACUUAGGAGAGAGGGGGGUCCUCAUCGGAACAAAAUCUCCCACGGAGUUAAGGUUCAGAGUGGGAUUAGGAAAAGAAGAUUCUUCAUGUAGGGAGAGCCUCCUGGGUAGUAAUAAAUUUGAGGAGAGGAUAGCAUCACCAGAAACAAAAUCUCCAUUGAGCAAGGAGCUUGAAAUGAAAUUAAAAAGACAGAAUCUUUCUAGGACCCUCCUGGAGAGGAGUAAUUUAGGAGUCUCUGGGGUCUCAGCCUCCCAGGAAACAAAAUCUUCUCUAGGUAUGUUGCCAGGAAGAAUGGGCUUAGAAAAUGAGUGUCUUCUGGGAAGGUGUUCUGGAAGGAUAAUACAGCCUCACUUGGGCAUGGUAUGUGAAAGUCCACAGGCUCUAGGGAGCAGGAGAGGUUCUGUGGCUGGGUCCUCUGAAGGGUUAGGGGCUUCACUGGGGAAGCAGCCUACUUUGGAUAUGGAACCUAGACAGGAACUGGGAAAAGAGACCUGUGUGGUGAUGAAGCCCCGUGCAGAGAUGAAGCCUCCUGUUGAGGUGGACACUGGUCUACCCAAACUAGAAGAGCCAGAUAAUACAGGGCCCCAAAUAGGCUUGGUGAUAGAACCUUCUGAGAGCCAGUUUGCCCAACAACCUGAAGAGAGAAAGGAGGCUGAAAACACUGAACCAGGAGUAGAACCUCCAGAUCGCAUCAGACCCAUAUACUCUGGGAAAUUUUUUGAUCGGAUGCCUUGCUGGCCAAGUGCAGGGAAAGUUAUUCCUAUUGGACACAGAGUUGCAACCUGUUUGACUGAAAAACUUCCUAGGCUAAUUACUCCACCUGAGGCAAAAAAAUUUUUCAACUAUAGAUAUCCACCUGCUGGAGCUGAAAGAGUAUUUUAUGGCAGAGCAAAUGAUCCCCCAAUCGCUCCUUAUUUGACACAUGGAAUAAGAUCUAAAAUUUCGAUACCGGCAAAGGUAUUGAUCAACCCAGAGCCUAUAACAACAUUUCAACAGAAAAUUAAAGAUAAAAAGGAGUCAGUAUAUUUUAGCAAUCAAUGGGCACCACUAGGAAAAUCUCAUGAUCAAACGCCAGGAUUACCUAAGGGCCUGGAUGUACUCAAUACGACAUUUGGGACAAUAGUCAUCAGAGAAUCAUCUGCUAGAGAUGUAGUGAAUCCACCAAAACCCUAUGAAGAAGUAUUUAAGGAAGGAAAGGAAGGACAUGAUCUGUAUAUUGUUUCUCACAACGAUUAUUAUGUGGAGUGUCACUCUUCUCCAGAAAUUUAUUCAGCUCGGAAAAGAGGAGCUAAGGUCGUAUCCAAAAGAGUUGAUGAUUUCAAAGAAAAGUUUCAACAUAAACUUGGAAGAGUUUUAGAUCCCAUUGCAGAAACAAUGACUGUUCCCCCAGACCACACAUUUGGAGCUUGUCUCCGUGCUGAGGAGUAUGGAGCUGGUGAUCUCAUCCAUAACAGACUUCCGGGUGAAUAUCUUCAAGGCAAGGAUAGACAGAGAGCCCUGAUCGCAGCAGUGCGACAUCACUUGAAGAAAGUUAACUACCAAAACUUUGACACUUUGCUGGCAGCCUUCAGGCACUAUGAUAAGGCUAUUUACCCAACCCCAACUCUGCUUCAAGGUAGAAAACCAGAUUGUGCAAACCCUGCUGAGGCUAAUGUUGAAGAAUCUGAACCAACUCUCCUGAUAAAACCCGAAGAUAUUGUCUUAAAAGAACCAGGGAGCUCAGGAAAGACCCUCCGGACACUUCCGAGGCCAAGUGAUACAGUUUCUAAUCACUAUAAGACAACUUCUUCUGAGAUCAGUGCGGUUGUAGGAGCUGUUCCUUCUACUUGUUAUCCCAUCUAUGGUGUUCCAACCAUUCGGUCUGAUAUUCCUGCCCCCCGAAUUCGUCGCGUCAGUGAUAGAACUAAUUAUGGUGAAGAGGGCAAUGCCUAUUCGUUACUACAUCCUUCCAUCUUUAGCCAGAAAGGAGUGUUUGAAAGAGACUUCUUUAAGACCAGAUCAAAAAAAGAGAUUGCAGAGAUAUUAUAUAAUAUUGGUGUCAAGCUUUCUGAUGAAGAAUUUGAAAAUGUAUGGAAUCUUGCAUCAAAAAAACAUCACAAAGGAGAAGUUUGUGUUGAGACCAUCAGAAACAUUCUGGAUGAGCUACAACAUGCAGACCGGGUCAAGUGUAAAACAGCCACGUGAUACUUUUGGAGUUCGUUCAUUUAAACAAAAGAAUUGUUAA